AUGGCACUUCGACGUCCCCCUACCCGUAUUGAGCUCAAGGCAGAUGAUAUUGAAGAAUACGACCAGCUGAUGAAAGAAAGAGAACUGGCAAUGCAAGAUGAUUCCAGUGAUGCCCUUUCUGGUGGUCGGCAUGGAGGAAACCGCCCACGUGGAGCCAAGCCUGGAACUUCUGCACAGAGAAAGCAGGUUGCAGCUGAGCGCAUUGGGGCGACGGGGACCCAUCGUCGGUAG